GUUGCCACCCCCAGAGCAGCAGCUGCAGUUAGCCAACGCACACCACCCUCUCCCUCUCUGUUCCAUAGCAACUAGAUAGCGCGCGCGAGCUGAGGCCGCCCAUGGCCGGAGUCCGGGAAGAAGAGUUCGACGAGGGAGACGUGUGGGACGUGCUGCAGGGCGAUCAGCAUCAGGCCGGCAGCACGGAGGCGGCGGCGCUCGUGGCGACUCCUCCAAGGAAUAGGAGGGCCAUCAGCGGCAAGGACAGGAAGCCCGCCGCCGUGGCCAAGAGCGACGGUAUGGUUAUGAGCAGGUCGAGGCCGUCGGCGCCGGUGGCCAUCCCGGCCGGCAGCGGCUCGUCGAGGCGCGGCGGCGGCGAGGAGGAGGACGAGGAGGACGGGGGGGAGAUGCUGCCGCCGCACGAGUGGCUGGCGAGGAAGAUGGAGCAGAUGGGCGUGUCGUCGCCGCCGGACCAGGCGUGCAGGGGGCGGAGCAAGGGCCGGGAGCUCACCAAGGUCAGGGACGCCGUGCUCCCCAAGACCGCCUUCUCCGAGCAGUAGCUCAAGCUAGGAGAAGAAGCAGGUGCUGGCACGCACACUGCAUGCGAGCAAAUGUAACAAUGCCGCACAUGCUCAUUGCUCAGAGCAAGCUAGCUAGCUAGCUACAAUGCAAGAAGAUGUGCAUUCAGGCGUUUAAAUUCUUAGCUAGCUUAUCGACAUGCAUGCUCGAUCAUUAGCUAGCUAGUUUUAAAAAGAGGUAGCUAGCUUCUUUUUUGGGCAGUAUCAAGUAGUGAGGUUGCCUUAAGUAGGUGUAGAAAUGUCAUCAAGUAGUAUGUUUUUAUUGUCUAACUACGUUGUUGCAAGGUUCUGAAGAUCAGGCAUUGGGAUUUGAUGCAACAUGCAUGCAUCUAGGCGAUGUGCCUGCUAGCUAGUUGGAGCUGUUGCUGUGAUCCCAUGAAUGUAAACACAUAGGACGUGUUCUACGGCCUAGUUUGUAC